AUGUGGCAGAAAGCCUCUCACGCCGCGAUCGCGGCAGCCUCUGUAUUCGCUUCCCUCGCCAGUGCUAUCCCGCACGGAGAUGACCACGCGAUGAAUAUGGACAUGGACAUGGGCAUGAACAGCACUCAGAAGCAGCCCGAAUCGCAUGCCGAUGCAAGCGACGACUCGCCCAUGAGCUACUUUGCCUAUGGUAAGCAUUCGAGCACAAUCAUGGCUCACAUAGGCCUUAUGGUUGUUGCCUGGUGCUUCAUCCUCCCCGUUGCUGUUAUGUUCAGCGUUGGGCGAUCUCGAUUUGCACUUCCGUCGCAAUUUCUUUUCCUGGUCUUCAACGCCUUGGGCUUGCUUCUGGGGAUCGUUUACAAUAGCCAAACUCCUGAUCUGUACGAGAACAAUGCUCAUCACAAGAUCGGGUGGAUCGCGACAUGGGUUAUUAGCGCGCAAGUCAUCAUGUCGCUCAUCUUUGCAUAUGCUGGCAGAGGCGAGUCCGAUGCGACUUCGUACGAGCAUGCUGCAUUCCUUCCCGUGUCUACCGACGAGAUGGCCGAAACCCCGACGCAUCCGACCGGAAUUCAUCACGAGUAUCGUUGGUCCAGAGACAGCGGCCAGGAUACAGCGGUCAAUUCGGCUUCCCUCCACAGCCGUCCUAGUUCGUCAACUUGCGCAUCCCCCUCGGAGGAAUAUGAUACAUUCGACAAGCCCGAGGCCCAGUUCCCAGAACAACCGGCUCAGAGCCGUGGUUGGCUACGCGGCACCUUUGUGAACCGCUUCCUCGCGAGCCGUGUGCCCCGUAUGGUCUCUAGUCGCGCUCUUCGGAUACUCACCAUUAUCUAUUUGGUGAUUGAUAGAAUCAUCCUGCCUUUCGGUUUCAUCGCUAUCGCUACCGGUGGCGUAACUUAUGGUGGUAUUAUGAGGGGUAGACAAAUUUUCAACGGUCUCGCACAUUUUAUCAAGGGAGGCAUCUUCUUUUGGUAUGGUUUGUUGACCCUGGGACGAUUCAUGGGCUGCUGGGCAGAUCUCGGAUGGGCUUGGAAUGUCAAACCCUCGAGUGAUAUUGUUGGCAAGUGGAAGGCCAAGAUCCCUACCGGUGAAUUUACCGAAUCCUUUGUGAUCUUCCUCUACGGUGCCAGCAACAUGUUCCUCGAACAUCUCACCAGUUGGGGCGGCAAAUGGACUGCGACAGAUCUCGAACAUGUGUCCAUCUCCAUCAUGUUCUUCGGUGGGGGUUUGUGCGGUAUGCUUUUUGAAUCCAAGCGCGUUAAGAGCUGGCUGAACAGCACUGUCCUGCAAUACCCCUCGAAUCUUCGCAGACAUGGCCCAUCCGACACGGCUUGGCAGCUUCCCGACACGCAAGGCGUUUCUCUCAACCCAAUGCCAGCCCUGGUGAUUCUUCUUUUGGGUAGCAUGAUGGGAUCCCACCACCAAUCCAGCAUGGUUUCCACUAUGGUACACAAGCAGUGGGGUAAUAUGCUGGUUGGCUUCUCGUUUGCCAGAUGUAUGACCUAUGUCAUCACGUAUCUUAAGCCACCAACCUCCUAUCUGCCUUCUCGUCCACCCACUGAAAUUGUUGCCGCUUUCUGCUUGAUCUCCGGUGGCUUGAUCUUCAUGUUGAGUACCCGGAAUGUGGUCGAGACCAUUGAAUUUUACGAGCUCGAUGCGAUGUUUAUCUUCACCGUCGUCAUGGGAGUGACCGCCUUCAUCAUGGCUUGCGAGAUCUUGGUUAUUGCCAUCAAGGCCUGGGCGGCCAAGAAAGAAACUCGUCCUCAGCUUCCACCAUUCCAGUUUCCAGCCUGA